UAAAACAAUAAAAAAUAUGUUCAAUUUAAUGAAUGCGCGAAAUAUGUUCUCAAAUAAAAAUAUUGAAAAUUCUCCUAGUAAAUCACCUUACAUAAAAAAGGUACACAAUAGUGUCUUAGAAUUUGUUGGACAUGGACCAAUCAUAAAACUAAACUAUAUUCCAAGAGAUCAUGGACUUUUUUGCGAGAUAUACGCAAAGUGUGAAUUUAUGAACCCAGCUGGAUCCAUUAAAGAUCGUAUAGCUCUUGCGAUGGUUCAAGAUGCAGAAAAAGGGGGCCAUAUAACUGAAAACACACAUUUUGUGGAAGCCACCUCCGGCAAUACUGGCAUUGGAAUAGCCUUUAACGCUGCCCUUUUAAAUAAGAAAUGUACUAUAGUUAUGGGUGAAAAAAAUUCUUCUGAAAAAGUCAACACCAUGAUGGUAUUAGGAGCAGACGUAAUACAAACCAACAAAUCCUCCACAGAAAUAGCUCGAAAAAUAAAGGAUGCUAAUCCAGAAUCCGUUGUGAUGUUGGACCAAUUUGAAAACCAUGUUAAUCCACGAAUUCACUACGAUAGUACGGGCACGGACAUUUUGGAUGCAUUAGGAGACGUAGAUAUUAUUGUUUCUGGCGCUGGCACUGGCGGCACUAUUACAGGUGUUGGAUACAGGAUUAAAGAGAGUAAUCCUGAUUGCAAGAUCAUCGCCGCCGAACCGGAGGGAUCAACUAUGUUUAACGAACAUGGAAAAAAACACCCGUUUUUGGUUGAAGGCAUGGGAGGUUCUACUGUUCCGAUAGUAUUGGAUAAAUCUAUUGUAGACGACUACGAAGUUAUAAGUGACGAAGAGUCAUUUCUCAUGGCAAGAGAACUUAUAAAGAAGGAAGGUAUAUUAUGCGGAGGCAGCAGUGGGACGGCCAUGGCUGCAGCCAUUAAAGUUGCUCGUAAAAGAAAAUUAGGCGCUGGGCAACGCAUUGUCGUGAUACUUCCAGACGGUAUUCGCAAUUACAUGACCAAGUUCGUGUCCGACCAGUGGAUGGAAGCACAUCUAUUCAUGAAUCCUCCCGAACAUACAAUGAGGUGGUGGAACCACCCCGUGACAAACUUAACUAUUUCCCUAAAAUAUCCAAUCGUGAACAACAAACGGACUUGCUCUGAAGCACUCAAGGAGAUGAUGAAUCAAAAUAUAGCCAUUGUAGUUGAUGAAAAAGGGUGGUUUCUCGGUGCAAUCUCCAAAGACAGUCUGCGACAUAGUGCAACUAACCCUAUAAAAUUACCCAAUCAAAACUCAGAUGAUAUCAAUUUUGAUGAUCCUGUCACUGACCAUUUAGUUAAAGAUUGUUACACUUUAGCUAAGAACGGAAAAAAGGGCAUGCCUUCCAUAGGCUUGUUAUCGCGCAUGCUAGACAUCACGACAUUUGUUAUCAUUGGAAUCAAUAUCCGCGAAACUGACAACGAACACUUUUUACCAGAAAGUGUUGUUACCGCCGAGAACGUCCUCGACUAUAUUUUUUCUCACCAAAGUAUUAAAGUUCGAGAGGAAUCAGGAACUAUGGAGAAUGGUGCAACGAACGGCAACUCUUCGGAGUUCUUUAACCUCAAGGAAAUGCCGCAUAUAAUUAGAGCUUUGGAUAGGAACCAAAAAGUUCACGAAAACAUUUUAAGUGUUAUAGGAAACACUCCAUUGGUUAAACUAACGAAAAUACCUAAGGCAGAGGGCAUACAAUGCGAAAUGUACGCCAAAUGUGAAUUCGUGAACCCUGGUGGUUCAGUUAAGGACCGCAUCGCAUACAGAAUGGUCCUGGAAGCUGAACGGCGAGGAGUUCUGAUUCCCGGGAAAUCUGUCAUUGUUGAACCAACUUCCGGUAAUACUGGAAUUGGUUUGGCUUUGGCGUCAGCUGUUAGAGGAUAUAGAUGUAUAAUUGUUCUACCCGAGAAGAUGUCAGAUGAGAAGGUGAACACCCUCCUAGCUUUGGGCGCAGAGAUUAUCAGAACCCCAACAGAGGCCGCGUCGGAUUCCCCGGAGGGUAACAUCAUGGUAGCACAAAGACUUUCAAAAGAAAUUCCUAACGCAGUAUUGCUGGAUCAGUAUAACAAUGUAUGCAACCCACUUGCACACUACGACGGGACUGCCGAAGAGAUACUCUGGUCACUUGACGACGACGUUGACAUGGUUGUAAUAGGCGCAGGAACUUGUGGAACUAUCUCUGGGAUUGCCCAUAAAAUAAAGGAACGAUGCCCUAAAUGUAUUGUUGUGGGCGUAGAUCCUCAUGGUUCUAUCCUAGCACAACCUGAAGACCUUAAUGCGUCUGAUGUUCAGAUGUACGAGGUGGAAGGCAUAGGCUAUGAUUUUUUGCCGCGUACGCUUGACAGGAAAGUAAUAGACACCUGGAUCAAGACAGACGACUGCGGCGCGCUUCAGAUGUCGAGAAGAUUGAUCAAGGAGGAGGGAUUUCUAUGUGGUGGGAGCAGCGGAGCUGCAAUGUGGGCAGCCACAAAAGCUGCCAAGCAACUUAAAGCGGGACAGAAGUGUGUAGUUCUACUGCCUGACAACAUCCGUAACUACAUGACCAAGUUCAUUUCUGACCAAUGGUUGGAAGCAAGGAGCUUCAAACCUAUCCCUAAAAACAACGAAUUGUGGUGGUGGAACAUACCUCUUUUGGAAAACAUCGUACCGAAAACAGCCAGCCUCACAAUAAAUAGUUCAGUCUCUGAUGCGAUUGCAGCGCUACGGAAUAGUGGAUCAUCAGUCGUUACAGUAUUAGACAACAAAGGAUGCUUAACUGGAGUAUUUACGGCAGACAACACAAGAAAAAGGCUCGCAAACAUACCGGGAUCAAGUGCAGAAGAUCUGGAGAAGUUUGUAGUGAAGAAGAUUUAUAAGGUUGAUCUUGCAAACAACCCUACACUUGGCGCUGUGUCCCGGAUCCUUGAUAUUGCACCUUACGUCAUUGUUGUUAAUACAGAAUCAUCGCAGAGUAUUCCAAAAAUUAUUGGCGCAUUCACAUCAGACGAUUUACUACUGUUUGUCAGCAGCAAUCAACCAACUUUGUCGACUAAUGAUUCUUUGAGCAGCAAAAUUCAAAAUGGUAAUGUGGCUUAUCCUGGUCAGAAAAGUUCUAAGGCCUCGUCAGAUCCUGUUCAACCUGUACAAGCAAAUUCUGGCAUUACAGUUUAAAUUGUUAAUAGUUAAUAGUUAGUUAAGCCCAAUAGUUAAUAGUUAGUUCUGCCAACCAUGUUAUAUAAGACUAUAGAUUGCAUAAAACAAUUAACCUAGGUACUUAAAGUAAUUGCACAUGCGAAACAAAAUGAAAUGUCAAUAAAAUUUUGAAAUUGUGGAUGGAUGUAGUGUGAGCAAUUUCCUACUAACUGCAUGAAGAAUUCUAAAUUGUCUAUAGUAAUUAUUGUAUUAUACUUAUUUGGAUAUCCCAAGUGGGUGAUCCACCAAUACACUCCAUUCUCAAGAUUUCCUAUUAAUUUCUUCUAAAAAUGGAAUAUUUUACAAAGAGAAAUAUAUGCUACUACAGACAUGAACUUGGCCUUUGUGUGAAAGCUCAAAUGAAGAGUGGCAAAGUGAGAUGAUGUAUGCCCAUUAUAAAAUACCAAUUGGUUUAACUGUAGAACCAUAGUAAUAUGGUUAAAUAUUAAAAGUAAGGUAGACAUCUACCUAUGAAAUAUUAAAUACCCAUUAUUUAGGUAUUUGAAUUAUGAAGUUUUAGGACUUGAAAAGAUUUUGUAUUGACAGUAGGUAUCACAUUAUAAUUAUGCUGACAUGAAUGCUGUGAAUUUUACAAUUACAUGCAACGAAACAAGAGCAUCUUUCCUAUUUUCUUAAAUAUACUUUAUUUAUACUAUAUGUUUACAUUGUCUCAGCUUUAUGUUGUGAAGAAUAACUAUUAGAGCUCUAUUUACAUGACACUGGCAAUAGACGGGCGAUGUAUGUAAGAUCCUAAGGAAAUUGACCUUUUAUUAACACCCAUUCUAUUACGACUCCGAAUAAAUAAUUAAUAACGUAAAUGGCAGCCUUCUCCCCAGUAUUAAUCCAAAAUAGGCAGAAUGUUUAAAUUUAUUUAACCGAAAUAUAUAUAAAUGUAUGCUUUGUAUAAUCUGUAUUGCUACACACCUAAAGUUCUGGAAAAUAAAAGAAUAACGAAAAACGAAAGAAUUCUUUUAGUCUCAAUUAGGGGAUUUAAAAGUAGUCCUCCAAACCAUAAAAACUGUACACACUAUUUAUAAUCUUGUAUCAAUUUUUAUACAAUUAUGUAAAUGAGACGUUUUGAAGUAGAAAACACUUUGAUAAUUACUUGUCUCAAAUAUUAAAUGUAUGAAAUAAUAAUAAAAUAGUUAAUAAACUA